CAUUUUUAUUUCACGUCCCCGUCAUCCCACCGCAUACCACAUUAUACCACGAUAUUAUAGUAUUAUACCGCGUACGCCGUUCUCCCGCAGCGGCAGCAACACAGCGUCACUUUGCCGAAUUCGACCAAUUCCUAACCCUUUAUCGUUCGGUAAUCGGUGCGAUUCCGCUGCUGUUGCCGCCGUCGCCCCGGGUAUAAGCGUACGCACUGUCGUCAGCCGCUCGAAAUCCGCGCUCGGUCCGUACGACGCGACACGGUUUUAACGACAUUAUUCUGUAUCGCGGUGUCGCCGGCCGCCCACAGUUACCGCACGCCACUACGCCAGCGACAGAUCGAGCGUACCUGCUAGACGAAUAACAACGCUAUAUUAUUGUAAUUUGUAACCGCUCCGACUCCACUCGAACGCACGCACACGCACGCGACUGUGCGCGCCAACACACGCAUACCGGCAUAUCCGUUGUCGUCUUGUUCCGUCUUUCUUCAGUCUUUUUCUUCUGCUUCGGCGAUGCGAAGUAAGCUGUACUACCGACUAUUAAAUACCCAAUAGAUACCUUCUCCGCCGCCAUCGUAUGUGCCUGAUGAGACGCGCGUGCUGAAAUUCGAGACGUCGCCGCAGCUACGACCACAGCCACCGCCACCGCUAGAACCGUCACCACCACGACCACUGCCACGAUCGGGAUCUACUUCACUGCCGCAGAAAACGUCGAUAUUACAUCUCCGGUAUGGAAGUCAACAACGCCAGGUUCGACGAAAACACGGACGAGUCGCCAGCUGAUGCUCUUAAGUCUGAUGACCACAAAAAGCUGCUCGAAUAUGGCAUACACGAGUCUGUUGCCGACAGGCUAGACGAAAUUUAUAAAAGCGGUAAAUUAGCACAUUCUGAUUUGGACACUAGAGCAUUGGAUGCUUUAAAAGAAUUUCCUGUGGAUGCCGCUUUGGGAGUUCUUUCUCAAUUCCUUGAUAGCAAUUUAUUACAUGUAUCUAAUAAGUCUGCAUAUUUAUGCGGAGUAAUGAAAACUUAUCGACAAAAAACAAGAAUUACCCCUCAAGAGCAAUUUGUACAACCACCCAAAGGGCCAGAAUUUGAUAAAGUCAAGGAAAUAUUAGCUAGAACUAACUAUAAAUUUGAUGUGACAACUGGGCAACGAAAGUAUGGUCCACCACCUGACUGGACUGAUCCCAAGCCAACUGCUGGUUGUGAGGUAUUUUGUGGGAAAUUGCCAAAUAUUGUGUUUGAAGAUGAACUGAUUCCAUUAUUUGAAAAGUGUGGUAAGAUCUAUGAUUUGAGAUUGAUGAUGGACCCAUUGUCUGGUACUAAUCGUGGAUAUGCUUUUGUUACUUACACUACUAAGGAAGAAGCUGAAAGAGCUACUGUAGAACUUGAUGGUUAUGAAAUUAAGCCCGGAAAAAAUAUUAAAGUGAAUAUUAGUGUACCUAAUCUUCGUCUUUUUAUUGGGAAUAUUCCUAAAUCAAAAGGAAAAGAAGAUAUUAUGGAAGAAUUUGGCAAAAUAACAAGUGGACUUACAGAGGUCAUAAUCUAUAGUUCUCCUGAUGACCGUCGAAAGAAUCGUGGAUUUUGCUUUUUAGAGUAUGAUUCUCAUAAAGCUGCUUCUGUAGCUAAAAGACGCUUAAGUGCUCCUAACUACAAAGUAUGGGGUUGUGAUAUAAUUGUAGAUUGGGCUGACCCUCAAGAAGAGCCUGAUGAUGAAACUAUGUCAAAGGUUAAAGUGUUAUAUGUUAGGAAUUUAACUCAAGAAGUGACUGAAAACCGUUUAAAAGAAACUUUUGAAGCUCAUGGUUCGGUGGAGAGAGUAAAAAAAAUAAAAGAUUAUGCUUUUAUUCAUUUCAAUGAUAGAGGUUGUGCUCUCAAGGCUUUGGAAAUACUAAAUGGUAGCAAUUUGGAUGGAGCUACUUUGGAAGUAUCACUAGCUAAACCUCCAUCAGACAAAAAGAAGAAAGAAGAAAUUUUAAGAGCUAGAGAACGUCGUAUGUUUACUAAUAUGCAAGGCCGUGCUUUUGGGUUGAUGCCACAGCCAUUAUCAUUGAUGGGUGCUCCAAGACCAGGCUAUCGCACUGUUUCAAACAAUUUACGUAUGGCUGGUCGAGGUGAUUUCGAUUGGCCAUGGGGAUUUAAUACAUGGAUGUGGCCUGCAGGCCGCUGGGAUGCUGGGGCUGCCGGUCCUUGGGGAACCGCGUCUACUGGAAAUAGACAAUGGCAUGGAGUUGCACCAAACAAUCGGUCAUGGGGAAAUAACGGCGGUGGCCGAGUCGGCGCAACUGGAAAUAGUAGCGGCGCUUCAAGCCAUGGGAAGUUUACAAGAUAAACUAGGCGAAAAGAGGUCUGAUAAAAGUCUCCAGAAAGAGGGGGGUCAGCGCAAUCGGACCCGCAACAGCUACAGACGUAAGGGCGUCGGCACGAACGACUGGAUGGGGCGAGAGCGAAAGCGCUGUACACUUGAUGUCAGUGACUGAUCGCAAAUGGUAGUUCUAAAAUAUUUUAGUACUUGCCAUUAGUAUCUCAAUUUCUCGCUCAUGUUACCUAAUUUCAUUGUUAUUUAGAUAUAUUUUUUUUUAUUAUUAUUACUUCUUUCUUGUCUUUCGAUUCAUAUAUCUUUAUCAGAAAGCUAUAAGAGCUGUGUUAAUAAAUUGUUUUUUUUUUUUAGUUAAACGCUUAAAACUAUCGACUAUUUAAAAUUUUUGUUAUUUUUUCUUAAUUUUUUUAUCUUGUUAAUUUGACAAAAUUUAUUUUUAAAACAUUACCAAAAUUUCUCCCCCUAUUUCUGGAGGCAUAUUAUAUUGUUUAGGGGGACUAAAAAUUUGAAAUACAAGUUUUCACUAAACAUUAUUUGAUUUCUUUUCGUAUUCAGUCAAAAACAACUAGACUUGUGUAUUAUAAUUUUUUUUUUUUUAUAUAUAUAUAUAUAUAAUUUUUUAAGAGACUAUACCUCAAUUUUCUUUACUAUAAUUACUGCCCAUAUACAUAAUUUAAUUAUUAUAUUUUUUUUAAAUUACGCUUUGCUUUCAGUUCAUACAUUCAAUACAAUAGCUUUAAAAUAAUUGCAACACAUUUUACAUUAUUGACAUAUUAUAGUAUUUGACGCUUUAUAAUUAUUAUACUCAUGUAAUUUUUUUUCUUUUUAUUUGUGUAAAAACAAAUUUGUCUUUAGCAGUUUUGUCCUUAAAAAUGUUAUUAUUUUUUAUCAUUAUACUAGUACUCAUAAAACAAUAAAUAGAAAAUAAUGUUUAAAAAAUAAA